CAACAGUAUACAUACAUGGUGUACAACCCUUGACUCUGACCGCUUCGAUCCAAGUUCUUCACACCCUGAAUUCACAAAUGUUCGUUCCUGUUGUUUCUCUCGUAUCGAAUCCCUCACGGCUGGAUCGUCGGUAUAUAUAGUGACUCGCGGACGCAAACCGUUCAGUCUCUCCACGAUCGGAAUGUCUUUAGUUGGCCUCUUUGGCUUCCUCCAAGUCGGGAUUGCCCUGGUCUUCGCCUCGUAGGCUCUUUCCAUGGAGCACCCCCAAAAAUCAAGUGCGUAACACAUGCGCAGGCUUGCAGGACCCAUCGGCGGAGUCACGUGCCAUGCAACGUCAUAGGCUGAAUAGAGCCACCCUCUGUACGUACGUCUUUUGCUGAUAUGCACCCCUGCUUUCUGGUGGCUCCCGUCGGUCGCGGCUUCUCUUCCCAUGAGCUCCAAUCGAGUGUUCGGGGCCGCCUAUGUCCAGGGAUAAGCGCGCACUGACUGCUCUCAGUUCUCCUUGUGAUUCCGCGGAGCCUGGGGUCAAGUAAUAACAUCGCACGUCACUGAUCUGUGGGAUGCAUGGUUCAAACUCGACAGAAAUGACCGUCGCCGAGAUGGCCAGUGCGAGUGCUCAUGUGAUGGUUCCGGAGGAUAACUCCCCGAUACAAGAAGAGAGGAUUCCAUUGUCGAUCUAGAGGCACGAAAGUCAUUGGAUGCGUCAGAAGAGCCAUGCUGUAAAUCCGCGAAGAAGUUAAUACCAUUCAGAGUUGUCCAAUGGAGUAAUCGCUCACGUGUCCAACUGCCGCCGCUGUCACACUCUCAAUUCGACUUUCCUUGAAGGCAUUUCAUCCAGUUCAGCCAGUCUCUCAUCUCGUGCGCUCUGAUGCCCGAACGCGCAAUUGAACUUGACUCCAAUCGAAUCCGCAUCUCCACGAACACGAAUGUUACAAGCCUCUCAUGCUUUGUUGCGUUGCCGCUCACUGGCAGGGCUUGGCCGGGAUGCAACCAUACCCGGCACUUCCCAAGUUGCUUCCGGUACCCACCCCCUAUGCCUUCGGAGAACUUCCAAGCCUGGAACUAGCCCGAGAACAGGGCACGAGGUCGAUCGGUUUUGUGAAGACCAGUGAGGUUGCAGACAUGACCAAGACGGCGCUCAAAGGGCUCUUGCCACAGUUCCACGGUCGGGCGACUUUCUGACUGAGCUGCGCUUGGCACUCUCAUCGGUCGUGCUUUAUAAGUGAGCGUACGGAGCCCCAGUUAAGACGCGUGUUGUAUACAACAUGGGUCGUGCACUCAAAGCCGCGUUCGCGACACUCGCCGUCAUCGUAUCCGCCCUUGCGGCACCGUCUCCUGCCUGGAAAUUUGUUGAGAAGGGUGUGUCUGGGAUCGUUGCGCUCGAAGCGAUCGUGGUGUCCCCGAAGCUCGUCGUGUUCUUCGACCGUGCAUCGAACGACCCCCUCAAGACCGCCGACGGCAAGACGGCAUGGGGCGAGCUUUGGAACUUGGAGACCAGCACCGGGACCCCGCUCAAGCUGAUUUCGGACACUUUCUGCGCCUCCGGGGCACUGCUCAGCAACGGCACGAUGGUCUCCGUUGGCGGGAACCUUCCUGUGCCUCCUGACUCGAAUCAAACUGGUGCGGCGGACGGUCGGAUGGCUUUCAGGCUGUUUGGACCGUGUCUUGACCCGCCUGCCGGAGCUGGCUGCAGCGUGUUCGAGGACUUGGAGCACCUUCAUCUGGCUGAAACUCGGUGGUACCCCUCGUCCCUGCGGAUCUUCGAUGGAUCUUUGAUGAUCGUCGGUGGGAUUCACGAAGGCACACCUUUCUACAACACGGAUCCGGUGAACAGUUUCGAGUUUUUCCCAUCUAAAGAUGGCGAUGUCCCACGGCCUUCUGCAUUCCUCGAGCGCAGUCUGCCUGCGAACUUGUUUCCUCGUGUUUUUGCUCUACCUGACGGCAAAGUCUUCAUGAUUGCGAGCAACCAGUCCAUCAUCUACGACAUCGAGACAAAGACGGAGACCAUCUUGCCCGACCUGCCCAAUGGUGUUCGAAUCAACAAUCCCAUGGACGGGACCGCUCAGCUUCUGCCGUUGUCCCCGCCGGAUUACGUUCCAGAGGUGCUUGCGUGCGGUGGCUCAGACAAGAGCGAUCAAACUCCCGUGGAGGAACUGUCGUCGCAAGAUCCCGCUUCUUCGCAGUGCAGCCGCAUCACUCUGACACCGGCCGGUAUCGCCAAGGGCUGGGAAGUCGAGCAUAUGCCGCAAGGCCGUAUGAUGCCAGAGAUGAUCAUCAUGCCCAAUGGGCAGAUCACCAUAAUCAACGGGGGAGAGACGGGUUAUGCUGCCAUUAAAUCGAUUGGCAUAACGACUGGAAACUCGAAUGCCGACCAUCCAGUGCUGACCCCGAUUCUGUAUACACCUUCUGCGCCAUUGGGCCGGCGCAUGUCCCAGGCGGGGCUUCCGACGACCAACAUCGCUCGCAUGUACCAUUCUUCGGUCACGCUAACGCCUCAAGGCAAUAUCCUACUCGCUGGUUCGAACCCCAAUGGGAAUAUCACCGUUCUCCCUCCAGGACAGCCAGGUUUCCCUUCAGAGUUCCGAGUGCAGACCCUCGAUCCCCCAUUCAUGACGAUGGCCCGACCAACCCUGGCCAAUGUUCCCACUCACAUCGGGUUCAAUCAGCAUUUCACGAUCCAAAUCAGUGUGCCUGCUGGUGUUUCCACCACAUCCGUCAAAGUGGCUCUGAUGGAUCUCGGCUACUCGUCACAUGCGUUCCACUCGAGUGCCCGGCUCGUUUUCAUGGACGCCACGUUGUCCAAGGAUAAACGUUCUCUGACUGUGCUCAGCCCACCGAACAAUCGGGUCUAUCCGCCUGGUCCAG